AUGCCCGUGAUUCACGUUGUCUCGUUCAAGUACAAGGAAUCCGUCUCCUCCCAGGAGCGGCUCGAGCUGUACAGCCAAUUCGGGACAUUCAAAACCCAGUGUCUGUACACGGACAACCAACCCUAUAUUCUCGGCUUGAAAAGCUCGACUGAGAACACUUCGCCUGAAAACGCUGGCAAGGGCUUCCAUCACAUUUUUAUCACCACUUUUCCCUCGCAAGAUCACGUCAAGUACUAUCUCGACAAAGAUCCAGUGCACCUGGCCUUUGUGGACAAGGUCAAAGCGGCACUUGACGACGUCUUCAUCUACGACUUUGACGUGUGA